GCUAUGUCUAUGGGGCUGGAGAUUGGGGGCAUUGCCCUGGGCAUACUUGGCUGGAUCCUUGCCAUCGUCAGCUGUGCCUUGCCCAUGUGGCGUGUCAGCGCCUUCGUUGGGGCCAACAUCGUCACAGCCCAGACCAUAUGGGAGGGUUUGUGGAUGAACUGUGUGGUCCAGAGCACUGGGCAGAUGCAAUGUAAAAUCUAUGACUCUAUGUUAGCUCUGAGCUCUGACCUCCAGGCAGCUCGAGCCAUGACCAUCAUCUCCAUCAUACUGGCCGUCCUGGGUGUGAUGAUAUCCAUCAUGGGAGCCAAGUGUACCAACUGCAUAGAGGAAGAGGGGCCCAAAGCCAAAGUGAUGAUUAUAUCCGGCAUCAUGUUCAUCAUUGCUGGUAUCCUCCAACUAAUCCCUGCAUCUUGGUCAGCUAACCAGACCAUUCGAAAUUUCUACAACCCUCUCACUCCAACCGGACAGCGCCGUGAGAUGGGGGUAGCACUCUAUAUUGGCUUUGCAGCAGCAGGUCUUCUCAUUAUUGGGGGUGCCCUGCUUUGUUGCAACUGUCCCCCUAAAGAGCAGAGGUACAAACCCCCCAAGAUGGGGUAUUCUGCCCCACGGUCCACCAGCGGAGGAUACGACAAGAAGGAUUACGUUUGA